AUGUCGGGCUGGACAGUCAUUUGGGUGUUCCUCAUCGCCGCGGGGGCGAGCAGCGCCGUUUGGGUCACAACACCCAAGGGGCCAAAUCAAGUACUGAUCCGCACAUCGGUGACGCUAGCAUUGACAUGCAUGUACCUCAUGUGGUUCAUCAUCUACAUGGCGCAGUUGCAUCCGAUCGUCAAGCCAAAGCGAGGCGACGUCCGCUUCCUCGAGCACUAA